AUGAAACCUACUUUAUCAAGUAUAAAGAAAAAAUCAAGUGACUCAACAAGUAGCUGGUCAUCGACAAUAUGGUCAAAAGAUGGAGGUUGUCCUUUUGGAACUGUUCCGAUUAAGAGAAUUACAAAAGAUGACAUUUUAAGACAAAGACAUCUACCACCACCAGAAGAUGUCACAUUUGAUGUAGUUGCAAUAGCGCGAACUCCAUAUGAUGCAAAUAACAAGUUUAGGGGCGCUGGCAUGGUAACUAAUUUUUACAAUCCUGAAGUUGAUGGUCGUCAACAUAGUGCAUGUCGACUAAAAAUUCAAAAAGGCUCAGAAAUCCUACAAGUUGGUUGGAGAGUGGACCCAACAUUAUAUGGAGAUAGCAAAACUAGGCUUUUUAUACAUACUCAGGUUGAUAAAACACAUUGUUUCAAUACCCUCUGCUCUGGAUUUGUACACGUAAACACUGAGAUACCUCUUGAUAUGUCACUCAUGAAUAGUGUUGCACACCGUGGAGGCACUACAUUUGAGGGAAGAAUAUACAUUGAACAGGAUUUGGACAGUGGAAAUUGGUGGCUUUUAUUGUCAGACAACUACGACCAAGUUGGAUUUUGGCCGCAACAAAUCUUUACUGGAUUGGCAAGCUUUGCUACUAAUGUUGAAUGGGGAGGAGUCGUGUAUAGUCCACUAGGUGUACCUAAACCUUCUAUGGGAUCAAGUUAUUUUCCAAUCGGAGACAAUCUUUAUGACGCAUAUUGUAGAAGUAUUACAGUUCUAAACGAGACAGGAACGGUGAAUCAAGUGGAUAAAGUGACCAUACAUAUCGAUAAUCCUAAUAUGUACCAGGCUAUUUUUGAACGACUUGAGAGUGAUAAAGAGUCUUACCUUUAUGUUCUUUACGGGGGACCUGCUUCUGUUGAACUUCUUGAAAUUGUAUUUUGCUUCUUUGACUUUCAUGAGAUGAGUGAAUCACCUAGUUUUACAAUAAAACCUGUAAUUGAUGUUCUUGUGAAAGAGCAUGAUGCCCAUUCAACAUCACAAAAUGCUGAAAUUAUGUAUUUCUUGUUGCUAGACAUGAGAAUUCCUAAGCAGGAUGUUGUUUGA